AGGUCAAUGCCCGGCAGUAACCCGUAUGCGCAUCAUCGCAUCACCCCACUGUCUGCUGGUGGAGCUCCUGAUGAUGGGAUCUUUGUCACCAUCCCUGACCCCCGAGAUGUCUCACAGGCACAGUUAAUUCAUCCAUCUGUUUGACUUGAAAAGUCCUUCAGGAUUACGUGUCGGUUCAUCUCCGCCGUUUUUGCAGCCUGCUCGUGCCGUCCGGCCAUGGCACAGCAGGACGGUGCUGCCAAGAAGAGCCCCGCGGCUGCGGCGCUGCACUCCCACUUCAUUGUGGGGUCAGUGUCGGAGGAGAACUCGGAGGAUGAAAUCCAAGGGAGGACGGACAUGCAGCCGGAGGAAAAGGAAAGCCGCUCCGUGUCGCCGUCCUCGGGCAGCUCUGACAGCACCUAUGAAAUGGGAUUCGACCACAUAGAUGGCCCGAUGCACAAUCUGAGCAGAUCAAGCAUGUCAGGACUGCACCUGGUGAAACAGGGCCGGGAUCGCAGACGGAUUGAUCUCCAGAGGGACUUCACUGUCGCCUCUCCUGCUGAGUUUGUCACCCGGUUUGGUGGAAACAAGGUUAUUGAAAAGGUACUGAUUGCAAACAAUGGCAUUGCAGCGGUUAAGUGCAUGCGAUCCAUCCGCCGCUGGGCAUACGAGAUGUUUCGGAAUGAAAGGGCGAUUCGCUUUGUAGUCAUGGUGACCCCAGAAGACCUGAAAGCCAAUGCAGAAUACAUCAAAAUGGCAGAUCAUUACGUGCCGGUGCCAGGAGGAACUAAUAACAACAACUAUGCCAAUGUCGAACUCAUUCUGGACAUUGCUAAACGUAUACCUGUUCAGGCUGUGUGGGCUGGAUGGGGUCACGCUUCAGAAAACCCUAAACUCCCAGAGCUUCUCCACAAGAAUGGCAUUGCUUUUAUGGGUCCUCCGAGUCAGGCUAUGUGGGCUCUAGGAGACAAAAUUGCUUCUUCAAUCGUGGCUCAGACUGCUGGCAUUCCUACCCUGCCCUGGAGUGGAACAGGUAUAAAGAAUCAUCUUAGCCUGACUGUAGAAUGGACAGAGAACAACCAGAAGAAGAAACUCAUCAACGUUCCCCAUGAGUUGUAUGACCUGGGCUGCAUCCAGGAUGUAGAGGAUGGCAUGAAAGCUGCAGAGAAGAUUGGUUAUCCCGUGAUGGUGAAGGCCUCAGAAGGCGGUGGAGGGAAAGGUAUCCGAAAAGUCAACUGCGCUGAUGACUUCCCAAACCUCUUCAGACAAGUCCAAGCUGAAGUUCCCGGAUCGCCUAUUUUCGUCAUGCAGCUGGCCAAACACGCCCGCCACUUGGAAGUUCAGAUUUUGGCCGAUCAGUACGGCAACGCCAUUUCCCUGUUCGGCAGAGACUGUUCGGUGCAGCGGCGUCACCAAAAGAUUAUCGAGGAGGCUCCUGCCACCAUCGCUACCUCUGAUGUGUUUGAGGAUAUGGAAAAGUGUGCUGUGAAGCUGGCUAAGAUGGUGGGCUACGUCAGUGCCGGUACAGUGGAGUACCUCUACAGUCAAGAUGGCAGCUUCUACUUCUUAGAGCUCAACCCCCGUCUGCAGGUGGAACACCCCUGCACUGAAAUGGUGGCUGACGUCAACUUACCUGCUGCUCAGCUGCAGAUUGCUAUGGGUAUUCCUCUCCACCGGAUCAAAGACAUCAGGAUGCUUUAUGGGGUCAUGCCUUGGGGAGACUGUCCCAUUGACUUUGAGAGUCUUUCCACGACACCUUCACCAAGGGGCCAUGUCAUUGCUGCUCGUAUCACCAGUGAAAAUCCCGAUGAGGGUUUCAAGCCAAGCUCUGGUACUGUGCAAGAGCUUAACUUCCGCAGCAAUAAGAACGUGUGGGGUUACUUCAGUGUUGCAGCCGCUGGAGGCUUGCAUGAGUUUGCAGACUCCCAGUUUGGCCACUGCUUCUCCUGGGGAGAGAAUCGUGAAGAAGCCAUCUCGAACAUGGUGGUGGCUCUCAAGGAGCUUUCGAUUCGAGGUGACUUCAGGACCACAGUGGAAUACCUCAUCAAACUGCUGGAGACUGAAUGUUUCCAGCACAACAGCAUCGACACAGGCUGGCUGGACAGGCUUAUCUCAGAGAAGAUGCAGGCAGAGCGUCCCGAUACCAUGCUGGGGAUUGUGAGCGGUGCUCUGCAUGUGGCAGACGUCAAUCUGAGAAACAGUGUGUCCAACUUUCUGCAUUCUCUAGAAAGAGGUCAGGUGCUGCCGGCACACACACUGCUCAACACUGUGGAUGUGGAGCUGAUUUACGAAGGGAUGAAGUAUGUCCUGACCGUGACGCGUCAGUCCCCAAACUCGUACGUGGUCAUCAUGAACAACUCCUCCGCCGAGGUGGACGUCCACCGGCUCAGUGACGGAGGUCUGCUGCUGUCUUACGAUGGCAGCAGCUACACGACCUACAUGAAAGAGGAGGUGGACAGGUACCGCAUCACGAUUGGGAACAAGACUUGUGUUUUUGAAAAGGAGAACGAUCCCUCGCUGCUGAGAUCUCCCUCUGCCGGGAAGCUCAUUCAGUACACUGUUGAAGAUGGCGGUCAUGUGUUUUCCGGCCAGUGUUACGCUGAAAUAGAGGUGAUGAAGAUGGUGAUGACGCUCACCGCUGCGGAGUCUGGCUGUAUUCACUACGUGAAGAGGCCUGGAGCGGCGUUGGAGCCGGGCUGUGUCAUCGCCAAGCUGCAGCUGGAUGAUCCAAGCAGAGUGCAGCAGGCAGAGCUGCACACUGGCGCCCUGCCGUCUAUCCAGGCAGUCGCUCUGAGGGGGGAGAAGCUGCACAGGGUCUUCCACAACACACUGGAUCAUCUUGUUCACAUCAUGAAUGGCUUCUGUCUUCCUGAGCCUUUUUUCAGUGCUAAAUUGAAGGAGUGGGUGGAAAGGCUAAUGAAGACAAUGCGAGAUCCCUCCCUGCCGCUGCUGGAGCUUCAAGACAUCAUGACGAGUGUGUCGGGUCGUAUCCCCCCCGCCGUGGAGAAGGCCAUCAAGAAGGAGAUGGCUCAGUAUGCCAGCAACAUCACCUCGGUGCUCUGCCAGUUCCCCAGCCAGCAGAUUGCAAACAUCCUGGACAGCCAUGCUGCAACUCUAAACAAGAAGUCGGAGAGAGAAGUCUUCUUCAUGAAUACGCAAAGCAUCGUUCAACUGGUGCAAAAAUAUCGAAGUGGCAUCCGAGGACACAUGAAGGCGGUGGUGAUGGAUUUGCUCAGACAAUAUCUGAAAGUAGAGAUCCAGUUUCAGAAUGGACACUACGACAAGUGUGUGUUUACCCUGCGUGAGGAAAACAAAGGCGACAUGGCCAAUGUGCUCAACUAUAUCUUCUCCCAUGCUCAAGUCACCAAGAAGAAUCUGCUGGUGACGAUGCUGAUUGACCAGCUGUGUGUCCCAGAUCCCACACUGACAGACGAGCUCAUGGCCAUUUUAACCGAACUCACCCAGCUCAGCAAGACAACCAACGCCAAGGUGGCUCUGCGUGCUCGACAGGUGUUAAUCGCUUCCCACCUUCCCUCUUACGAGCUACGACACAACCAGGUGGAGUCCAUCUUCCUUUCUGCCAUCGACAUGUAUGGCCAUCAGUUCUGCAUUGAGAACCUGCAGAAACUGAUCCUUUCGGAGACAUCCAUCUUUGAUGUUCUGCCCAACUUCUUCUACCACAGCAAUCAAGUAGUUCGGAUGGCUGCACUGGAGGUGUACGUGCGCAGAGCAUACAUUGCCUACGAGCUCAACAGCGUUCAGCAUCGACAGCUGAAGGACAACACGUGUAUCGUGGAGUUCCAGUUCAUGCUUCCCUCCUCGCAUCCCAACAGAGGGAACAUCCCCACUCUAAACAGGAGAUUGUCAGCUCCAGUCGUGGACAGUGUAAGAGCCAUGGACACUAAAUUAAAGGAAACUAAACCCCAGGACCUUAAAGCACGAGAUAGUGAAUCUAAGGAUGAUAAUGCUGAGAAGAAAAAUGCCUCAGACUUGGAUUCUGUGGACAGGAUGUCCUUCUCCUCCAACUUGAAUCACUACGGCAUGGUCCACGUGGCCUGCGUGAGCGACGUUCUGCUCGACACAUCGUUCACGCCACCCUGUCAGCGCAUGGGAGCCAUGGUGUCCUUCCGCUCCUUCCAGGAGUUCACAAGGAACAUUCCAGAUGUGUUGAGCUGCUUCUCCGACUCGCCUCCCCCGAGUCCCACCUUCCCAGAAGGGGGCAAUCCUGUCCUGUACGGGGAAGAAGACAACAAGAGUGUCCAGGACGAGCCCAUCCAUAUCCUGAACGUGGCGAUAAAGACUGACAGCGACAUUGAUGAUGACGGCCUGGCCGCGAUGUUCCGGGAGUUCACUCAGUCAAAGAAAUCCCUCUUGUUUGAGCACGGCAUCCGGCGGCUAACUUUCCUCGUGGCUCAGAAGGAUUUCAGGAAGCAAAUCAACUGCGAGUUGGAUCAAAGGUUUCAUAGGGAAUUCCCCAAGUUCUUUACAUUCCGUGCCAGGGAUAAGUUUGAAGAGGACAGGAUCUAUCGGCAUCUGGAGCCGGCUCUGGCGUUCCAGCUGGAGCUCAAUCGCAUGCGCAACUUCGCCUUGACCGCAAUCCCGUGCGCCAACCACAAGAUGCACCUGUACCUGGGCGCGGCCCGUGUGGAGGUUGGCACGGAGGUGACGGACUACCGGUUCUUCGUCCGAGCCAUCAUACGGCACUCCGACCUGGUCACGAAGGAGGCCUCCUUUGAAUACCUUCACAAUGAAGCAGAGCGCCUGCUGCUAGAAGCCAUGGAUGAGCUGGAGGUGGCUUUUAACAACACAACAGUUCGAACCGACUGCAACCAUAUCUUCCUCAACUUUGUCCCCACUGUCAUCAUGGACCCGUCAAAGGUUUGUGAUGCAGUUUUCCACAGAUCAGACAUACUGUUGGUGUUCCCACGACUAAUUCUCCCCCCCCCCCUCUGCCGUCAGAUUGAGGAGUCUGUGCGCUCCAUGGUGAUGCGCUACGGCAGCCGCCUGUGGAAGCUGCGCGUCCUGCAGGCCGAGCUGAAGAUUAACAUUCGGCUGACCCCAACGGGAAAGCAAAUUCCCAUCCGCCUCUUCCUCACCAAUGAAUCGGGCUACUACUUGGACAUCAGCUUGUACAAGGAGGUCACUGAUUCCCGAACGGGACAGGUGGGGCCUAAAGACCGACAGAUCAUGUUCCAAGCAUACGGAGACAAGCAAGGCCCCUUGCAUGGCAUGCUGAUCAAUACGCCGUACGUCACCAAGGACCUGCUGCAGUCGAAACGCUUCCAGGCACAGUCUCUGGGAACAACCUACGUCUACGACUUCCCCGAAAUGUUUCGACAGGCGCUGAAAAAACUGUGGCACUCUACACAGAAUUAUGCCCUCCUGCCCAAAUGCCCCCUUCCGUCUGAGCUGCUGACCUUCACAGAGCUCGUCCUCGACGCCCAGGGUCAGCUGGUGCAGAUGAACCGUCUGCCGGGGGGCAACGAGAUUGGCAUGGUGGCAUGGCGGAUGACCCUGCGAACGCCGGAGUAUCCGACGGGGCGAGAAAUCAUCGUCAUAAGUAAUGACAUUACACACAAGAUCGGCUCUUUCGGGCCGCAGGAAGACGUGCUGUUCCUACGAGCCUCCGAGAUGGCACGGGACAGCGGCAUCCCCAGAAUCUACAUCGCGGCCAACAGCGGCGCCCGCAUAGGCCUGGCGGAGGAAAUCAGACACAUGUUCCACGUGGCCUGGCAGGAUCCUGCUGACCCUUAUAAGGGUUUCAAGUACCUCUACCUCACGCCGCAGGAUUACAAAAAGGUUUCAGCUCUGAACUCUGUGCACUGCGAACACAUAGAAGACGAGGGCGAAUCCAGGUACAAGAUCACUGAUAUCAUAGGCAAAGAUGAAGGUCUGGGUGUGGAGAAUCUGAAAGGGUCUGGGAUGAUUGCCGGAGAAUCCUCUCUGGCUUACGAGGAGAUCAUCACCAUGAAUCUGGUGACCUGCCGAGCCAUCGGCAUUGGCGCGUAUCUCGUGAGGCUCGGUCAAAGAACCAUUCAAGUGGACAACUCUCACAUCAUCCUGACCGGAGCCGGAGCCCUCAACAAGGUGCUGGGCAGAGAGGUGUACACAUCAAACAACCAGCUGGGAGGCAUUCAGAUUAUGCACAACAAUGGCGUGACCCACUCCACUGUUUGUGAUGACUUUGAGGGAGUGUUUGCUCUUCUGCAGUGGCUGUCCUACAUGCCGAAGUGUAAAGCCAGUCCUGUGCCCAUCCUCAAUGCCAAGGAUCCCAUCGAUCGUCCCGUUGAGUUUGUGCCCACCAAAGCUCCCUAUGACCCUCGCUGGAUGUUAGCAGGGCGCCCCAGUCAGACUCCAAAGGGUUCCUGGCAGAGUGGUUUCUUUGACCAUGGCUCCUUCAUGGAGAUUAUGCAGCCGUGGGCUCAGAGUGUGGUGGUAGGAAGAGCCAGACUGGGUGGGAUCCCGACCGGAGUGGUUGCUGUUGAAACCAGGUCUGUGGAGCUGUCGAUCCCAGCUGAUCCAGCCAAUCUGGACUCGGAAGCAAAGAUCAUUCAGCAGGCCGGACAGGUCUGGUUCCCAGAUUCAGCUUUCAAAACAGCCCAGGCCAUCAAGGACCUGAACCGAGAGGGCUUACCCCUCAUCGUGUUCGCAAACUGGAGGGGCUUUUCUGGAGGAAUGAAAGACAUGUACGACCAGGUGUUGAAGUUUGGAGCCUACAUCGUGGACGGCCUGAGGGAGUACAGACAGCCAGUUCUGGUUUAUAUCCCGCCUCAGGCUGAGCUGAGAGGCGGCUCCUGGGUGGUGAUAGAUCCCACCAUCAACCCCCGUCACAUGGAGAUGUACGCUGACAAGGACAGCCGAGGUGGCGUGCUGGAGCCCGAAGGAACGGUGGAGAUCAAGUUUCGGCGAAAGGACCUGGUGAAGACGAUGAGAAGAGUGGAUCCGGUUUAUAUGAGCUUGGCUGAACGAUUGGGAACUCCAGAGCUGAGCCCUCCCGACCGCAAAGAGCUGGAAACCAAGCUGAAGGAGCGAGAGGAGUUCCUGCUGCCCAUCUACCAUCAGGUGGCCGUGCAGUUCGCCGACCUCCACGACACGCCGGGCCGCAUGCAGGAGAAAGGCGUCAUCACGGAUAUCCUGGAGUGGCAGACAUCGCGGCAGUUCUUCUACUGGCGUCUGCGGCGCCUGCUGCUGGAGGAGACGGUGAAGAGGAAGAUCCAGGCGGCCAACGGCGAGCUGACAGACGGCCAGAUCCAGGCGAUGCUGCGCCGCUGGUUUGUGGAGGCCGAGGGGGCCGUGAAGGCCUAUCUGUGGGAUAACAAUGAGGAGGUGGUGGCGUGGCUGGAGAGGCAGCUGGCCGAAGAAGAAGGCGCGAGGUCGGUCAUCGACGAGAACAUCAAGUACAUCCGCAGAGACCACAUCCUCAAGCAGAUUCGCAGCCUCGUGCAGGCGAACCCCGAGGUUGCCAUGGAUUCCAUUGUGCACAUGACGCAGCACAUCUCGCCCACGCAGAGAGCCGAGGUGGUGCGCAUCCUGUCCACGAUGGAGACGUCAGCCUCCUCCUAGCCGGGGAGCCCGGCCUCUCCCUCGCCCGCCUGGCCGGAGCGCAGGCCCGGGGCCGCCGCCGCCGCCGCCAGGGGAGCCUCGGUUCAGCCAGAUGGGCUCCCGGCCCGUCGCCGGGCUGCCGACCGAGGCUGGAGGAGCCAACAUGAUGGGCCUUGGCCGCCGCCAGGUUACUGAUGAAUCGUUGGCGAUGAUUCACAUAGCGAGACUUUAGCUGACUGACAUCCCUUCUGACGUUUUUGUAAAUUCUUCCAAGUGUGCUCAGCGUCUAAAUGAUUCCAUGUGUUUUGUAUGAAAGUGCAAUUAAAGAAAAACUACAACGUAGGAAGAUGUAGUGACUAAUAUUUAACAGAUGUGGAGUUUUUUUGCACAGUUGGCUCAAAAGGUUAGUUCCUGCUCCCUUGCUAAUCAGUGGCCUCCUUCCCGUCGACCCGCAGCGUGCACGGCAGCCGUCUGUCCUGUGAGAGCGCACCUUGGUUUGUGACAUAUGCUUGUUAAGAUAUCGCAAGUGUUUUGAUGACCGGCUCGACAAUGACAACACUUGGCAGCAGGAAUUAGUCGGGAAGGGUUUUUUUUUUUUUUUUUUUUUUUAACACUCUUUAAGUAAGGAGCACUUAGUUACUGAACAAAGGCGGGGAGCGCUGUAACAGAUUUGGACGAGGGAGCCCAGCGGGAGGCCGGGACGAGGUCCCUUUUAGACCCCGAGCGUUCGGCGGUCUCCCCUGCGGAGAGCAAUGGGCAGCUCGCCUCACAACAAAACCACAGCUGUCCCUUCUGUUCUCAGCCACACGCGACACGCUGCUCUCGGGGCUCUUUCAGCGCUCCGCGUUAGAUCGAGUCCAGACCCAAACCUGCACAGUUCUCACUCGUUAACGCGUCGAACGUACGAACAUGCACUGCAAUAAACGCGCACAGAUCAGAAUGGUUCCGACGGGACGACACGCUGAGAAGAACAGUAUGCUGCUUUUAGGAAAGUAGACUUCCCCCUUUUAGGUUUUUGGACAGCUGUUCUGAGAAAAAAAAAAAAAAAAAAAAAAAGCAUUAACACACAUCCGUUUUAGUUAA